AUUACAUAUUAUUAUAAUUAUAUAGUCAUCUGUCCACACACAUAACUCUUCUUAUUACAUACAGACGCAUAUACAAACAAUAGUUACAAAAAAAUAUAUGGAGGAUCAGACAAUCUAACCACCACCUCUUUCAAUCUUUUAUAUGAUACGUAUGGAGAGAGAUCGGAAGCGGAGCAGGGCGGCGGACGGCGGCGGCAGCGGCGGAGGAGAGCGGAAGAAAGAGCGAGAAACGAAAGGAAAAGAUGUAGAAACCGAUCCGGUGGUGGUGGUUCCGCCACCGACGGAAGAUGAGGUGGAUGAAUUCUUUGCUAUUUUGCGCCGGAUGCGAGAGGCGGUGAAGUAUUACGAGAAAGAAAAAGGUGUACGGAAGUUGUCGGAUCCGUCACGAGAGGUUGAAGAAGGUGAAGUUUGUGUGAAGAAGAGAACCGGCGUUGCGAUUUUGGAUCUGAAUACGGUGCCCGACGAGGGAGAGUAGCUGAGGAGGAGCGUGUACGGCGGCGCGUGGGGCUCGUGUUUAUUAAUUUUACCUAAUUACGCAUCUGGCGUAUCUUAGUUGCAGUCUUGCUGUUAGGCGUUCGUUGGCUAUCUUGCGCUGAUGCAUAACUUUCCUGGUGCGGGUCGUCUGGCUAGGUUUGACCCGAGAUGUUCAAAGUUUGAUAUUUUUGGUAUUCUCUCUUUUCUACGCGUGGUCUAUAUUUGUUUUAAGUUAAUAAAUAAUUGAACAAAAAUAUAUUGGCCACCUAAUUAGUGAUAUUUGGUUCUUUCAUGUGUUACAAACUCAUGAUUAAACUUCGUAACACCUGUAUUUGAUUCUGACUUAUUAAUAGAUUAUAGUAGUAAUAUUCUUUUCGUUA